AUGAAUUCCCUAGGUGAUCAAAAGGCUUGGAGAAUCACUUCAAUAAACAAUGACUUCAAUUUCUGUUCAACCUAUCCGCAAUCAUUACUUGUGCCAGCAAAGAUCAGUGACACCACACUAUCAUAUGCGGUCAAAUAUCGAAGUAAAGGUCGACUACCGAUCGGAACUUAUGUUCAUUGGGCCAACGGGUCUUCAAUCACUAGGUCUAGUCAACCGAUGGUCGGCUUCAAAAAUGCAAGAUCAAUUCAAGACGAGAAACUGAUCGAAGCCAUCUUUCAUUCUCAUUCACUCCAUACUGGACCGAGUCUCUCAUCCCCUCCUACCAUCUCAUCUCAAUCAAAUCAACAUGUCAUCUACGGUGCUACCUCAACCAAUCUUAUCAUCGAUGCAAGACCUACCACCAAUGCUAUGGCUAACACGGUCAAAGGUGCAGGAACAGAAAAUAUGGAAAACUACAAAGCAUGUCGCAAGGCUUAUCUUGGGAUCGAUAAUAUUCAUGUCAUGCGUGAUUCACUUCAGAAACUAGUCUCAGCUCUUCAUGAAUCAUUCAUUUCCUCUCAACCGGUCUCAUUAGAAUCUUUAAGAAAAAGUGGAUGGCUCAAACACAUCUCAGCAAUUCUUGAUGGGGUUAGCUUGAUCACAAGAACAGUUCAUGUUUCAAACUCUCACGUUCUCAUUCAUUGCUCUGAUGGAUGGGAUCGAACUUCACAACUCUCUGCUCUCUCACAAGUUUGUUUGGAUCCUUAUUAUCGUACCUUUGAUGGAUUUGCCAUUUUAGUCGAAAAGGAUUGGUUAAGUUUUGGUCAUAAGUUUUCAGAUCGAAGUGGGGUAGUAGUAUUAGGAAAAGAAAUGGUAAAUUUUGGAGAACAUCCUACUUGGGUCACUUCAUUUCAAAAACAAUUAAACUUUGCAACCACUUCAACUAGUCAUUCUCACGCUUACAAAGAAACUUCACCAGUUUUUCAUCAAUUCUUAGAUUGUGUAUAUCAACUCAUUCGACAAUUUCCACAAAGAUUUGAAUUUAAUUCAAUGUAUUUAGAAACUCUCUUUAAAGAACUUUAUUCAGCUCAAUAUGGAACGUUUUUGUUUGAUAAUGAAGAAGAACGAAUUCGAAAUAAUGCACAUUCUACCACUAGAUCAGUUUGGGAAUUGUUUGAAGGAGAUAAAAGGGAUCGAUAUCGAAAUGAAUUGUAUGAUUCGAGUUUAGAUGAUCCAACCAAACGUGAAAAUGAAGAUCAAGGUGUAUUGUUACCAAACCCGAAAGAAGUCAAGUAUUGGUGGGAAUUAUUUGGUUGUGAUGAUUCAGAAAUGAAU